AUGGAGGCCUCUUGUAUCUUGCAGCACGAAACAGGCCAGUAUACUCUGUCGAUAUGGCACAAUGCACUGGAGGAAUCGGCUAUUACUGAGCAGAGUCUGCAAAUCACAAUGUCUGGAAAUCACCAAUCUUGGACGGGUUCAUUCAAUGGCUCUUAUCUAGAGGAAAUGACUCGCAAGACUGGAAAUUUCAAACGAUUUUCUGUUUUUGUCGAAAUGUUGACCACUCCAACCAUCUCAUUGGACUUGUUGACCCAUAGCGAUCUACUGACACUGAAAAAGGUGUCACAUACUGUUAAAGCAAAGCAGACCAAGUCGGAUCUAGCUAGAUUCUAUCUUAUAAUGACUUAUGCUGUAGCUUUUGACAGAGUUCAUUACCCGCUGCCGCUUGUAUUAGCGAGCGCUGACGAGUCAGCAAGUACAUUAAGAGCUGCUAUACAAGAGCUGAAGCAAGAGCGGGGGAGACACUUACAAGAAAUUCAAAGGUUGUUGAAAGAGAAUGACCGACUGAAACUUGAAGUCAAACGACUGAGCACCGCAAAGCAAGUCUCAAGUCGGCAGACUUCCAGAGGACAUCCACCAAUACAUCAAAGAAAGCUCUAUGACGAAGACGUGACGUUUGAUGUCUCUGAUGCACAUGAGGACCGACUGGAUAAUGUCUCGGAGGCAUUACUGAAAAAGGAUCGCGAAAUUGAACGAUUACGACUAGAACUCAUGAAGGCUAAAAGCACGAAUUUGGCUUCUAAUCGAAGGCCGAGUCCAGUAACGAGAGCGCCAGAACCCUACAAACCAAUCAAAUCACGACCUUUAUAUACACCACCACCCGUACCACGAUCUGCAUCAGCAGACGGUAUACCGUUGAGUACUAGAGAUAGAUUACGGUCAAGUGAGUCUUCGUGCUUUGUGAAGACCGGUGAUUCUCACGAUUGGGUUGUUAGGUAUGUGUUGGAACGAGAACAGAAAUUGAGGGAGAUGAGAGCUAGGAGUCAAAAAAGACUGGUUGAAAGGAGACAAUCGACGUCAUCUCUCUCGUCAAUCAGGUCGAGGCCUAGUCAAGGAGAGCGAGGACGUACACGAUCAACUGCUCCAUUACUGGCCGUACCACUGCCAAAAGCACCACAGCAGACUUGGUCAAGGAAGAGUGCUUCAUCUUCUGCUGAUCGAAGGCCACAAAAGAGGACUGGUAGAGUUGCAAGCCCUGCUGUCUCCUAUGGAACAGCCAAGGACACCAACAAUGAGAUUGACAAGAGACUAGAGACUCUAAGGAACUUUUUGACUAAUAUAAGCCUAUGA